AUGGUGGUCGGUAUGGAGUUCUUGAUACAUGAGUCCCGAUGUGCUGAAGCUGCUCGAUGUUGCAUCAACUGGCUGACAAAGAGCGUUAUGAUUCUAGGGUUCUCUUCAGAAGAUAUAUCUGGACAGAAUCAAGUUAAGGCCUCUGUACAACGGAAGAUUCGACAAAGUAUCGCUGAUGAGUACCCCAGACUUGAACCUUUGCUAGAUGACUUGCUCCCAAAGAAGUCACCUAUGAUUGUUGUUAAAUGCCAAAAUCAUCUGAAUCUUGUAGUGGUGAAUAAUGUCCCUCUAUUUUUCAACAUCCGUGAUGGUCCUUACAUGCCAACCCUGCGUCUUCUUCAUCAGUAUCCUGAUAUCAUGAAAAAGUUCCAAGUGGAUAGAGGUGCUAUCAAAUUUGUUCUAUCUGGUGCAAACAUAAUGUGUCCUGGGUUGACAUCACCUGGUGGUGCCUUGGAUGAUGAAGUUGAGGAGGAAACACCAGUGGCUAUAAUGGCUGAAGGCAAACAACACGCACUGGCAAUUGGAUAUACAAAGAUGUCAGCAAAAGACAUAAGGACCAUUAACAAAGGAAUUGGCGUUGACAAUAUGCACUAUCUAAAUGAUGGCCUAUGGAAGAUGGAACGGCUCGAAUGA